AUGAAACGAUCUCAGCCAGAGACGUCAGGGGGUCCCCCGGCGAAGAAACAUUUGUCCACAAAAAUUAUUCCAGCGGAAAACAUUGGCGCUGUUGCAAAUGAGGUGAGUUGACACAAGAAACGAAACCGCUAUGUUCACUGGUUUGUUAAGAGUAAAUAUACUUUUUCAAGUUCGUAAAUGCACCUUUAAAGCUCUGUUACUUGUUACGUGUUAGCUAUACAGUAGUAACAUAUUUUUGAAUGAGUCGAGAUUAACCAACAAUAAUUCAAUUUCAGCAAUUUUUGCAGGUUUGAAUAAUUCCAGGCGUAGUUAAUCGAUGGAAAUCAAUCUAUAUAAUCGAUAUCAAUCGAUAUAAUCAGUCUAUUGUUAUCAAUUGAUAUCGGAAAUCAAAGUCAAAGAAAAAAUAAUUUAUUAAUCAUUAUCGACUAAAGAAAAUCAAUAACAACCCAUAAUAAACAAUAUAAUCAUAACUAUAACAAAAUUGUCAAAUCUGAUUGGCUCUCAACUGCCCUGAUUUCAGCCUUAAUUGGACAGUUUAAUAGAACAGUACGCGUCAUGCCUAAGUAAUUGGACAGUACACGCCAUCAUGCGCGCGCUUGAAUGGCUUUUUUUUUCACUGCUAGCAAAACAAAAUUUCAACUUUCUUGUGUUUUGGUUUAAAAAAUAGCCUAUUGUAUCGCAAAUUUUGUUAAAGUUAUGAUUAAUUGGUGACAGAACUUUGUGUCGUCCAAUUCAGUCUGUAAUCAUACUCGUGAUUAAACAAAUCGGACUCCCGCUACGCGGUCGUCCGAUUUUGUUAAUCACUCGUAUGAUUACAGACCGAAUUGGACUCCACUCAGUCCUGGUACCAUUACUUAUUGGAUGAGAUUUUUGUGAUACUUGGAAUAAUCAAGGUGGAGGUUAGUGUUAUCAGUUGAGCCGAGGGCCGAGUUUGAUAACACUCACCAAGACCUUGAUUAUUUAGGAUAUUACAAAAACCGAAUCUGAUAAUUGUUUUAUUGCACAUUUUUUUGAAGAAAAUAAUGACAAACACGGGAAGAACCUGGAUUGAUAUUGUUAUUGGAAAUCGUGCAUUGCACUUGCAACCUACAGAUUAGUCAGUUAUCUGCCAGCAGAUAACUAACUGAUAUCAGUAGGUUGCGAUAAUUUCCAAAAUUAGCUGUAGGCUCUUAGCUAAUGAGAAGACAGAUAGUGAGUACAAUGAAUAAUAAUAAAAGUGAUCAUCGAUAACAAGCAAUAAUCCUGGGGAGUAUAUGGUUCAGGCAUUCUGAGCAUGAUGAUGCUAUUCAGGAAACAACACCAAUAAGAGCAGCUUUAGUUUAACACAUCACGCUACUCCUGGCAUAGUCUUCAUCGUGUUCCAUUUGUUGUUUCUUUGGUUUACUGAUUGCUGAUUAUUGUUUUGCUACUGGAUUAUUCUCUUUUUCUUGUUGAUUUUAGGAUUUAUCCUUACAUUCCUUUCAUUAUGUGACUUACUGAAAUCACAAGAACACUGAUAACUGAUUCAGUAUUUUAUCAAUUUAAAGAACUACAUACUAUUGUGACUCAAUAAUGGCUCAGUCAAUUCCAAGUGUGUCCAUUAUCCCCCCCCCCCUCUUCCUCCCCCCUUCCCCUGGGCAUUUGUCAGGCAUUAAUUUUGUCAUCUUGUUGGUGCUGACAGUAGGGAUUUGUCAGAAAACCUAUACCUUUAAUACUUAUGCUUUAAAAAGAUAUGUGUGGUUUUCGCUACAUCACUCCACUACCCCACAGUAUUUUUUGCAUCUGUCACACCAUCAUGAUCAGUUCACAUGUGGAGGAGAAAAGAAAUCAUUUAUUUAUGAUGGUUAAUUAACCAGUAAAGAGAUAUUUAAACUCAUUGGCAAAAAAUAUUAUUGAAACUUUCAUUCAGUAAAAAAUGCAGCUACCAGACAGUAUUUCUCACCUUUUCAUCUGUAAGUUUGUACAGGAUGACCAUCUAGAAAGAGUGAUGCCAUAUUAAAACUGCGGGGUAUUUGGUGGUGUUAUCACUGGUAAACAUUCCAUGAGAUAUGCUGUAUAAUUUAUGGGACCUUUUCUAUGGAAACAAACUGUUGAAGUCACUGGCCCUACAGGAGUGGAAAGCAAGAUUUUAGCAAUCUCUACCGACAAUGAAAAUUGCCAAUCUUAAUACUCUUACUUAUUAGUUGAUGUUAUUUUUUGUUAUUGUUAUUUUGCUUUAAAUAGGAUGAACUGGACUUGAAGGUUCUGCAGUUUCAAAAUAAAAAGCUUGGUGAAAGACUAGAGGAACUAAAGGUAGAGGAAGAGAAGUUAAAAGAUCAAGUGGAAAAACUUAAGAAACAACGAGAGUCUGAUAUGAACAUCAUCUCUGUUAUCAACAGACACUGGAUGCAGGUAUAAGUUUUCCUUUUUAAAAGAAUAAUUAAUUUUUUGAAGGAUCAAAAUAUGAGAAGCUCCUACAUCUUGCUAUAAUGAAAAAUUAAUGAAAUAAGAGCACCGUAUAAUUUGCAUUUUAAGUACGUUCAAGCAAGUGAUUGCAUCAUAUCCUAUUAUUAACAUACCAGUACUCAAAAGUACAUUGUAAGCUAACUGUAUUAAAGUUUUCAUGAAUGACUUAAGGAGAAGAAAGCAAAAUCCUUGAAGACGGGUCACCAUAUCAGAGAAUUCAGUAAGAUUUGAGUACAGCGGCCGGUAUUGGCUAAUAUUCCUCUUUUUGAGGGGUUGCUGUAUUGGUAAAUAAAUAAAUAGAUGUAGACAUUUUGUUUCAGACCAGUAUAGACUGUAUCAGCAAUACUGGGAAGAAUCUUUCUUCAGUUACUUCACUUAAGGAAAAGAAGUAGCUAAGACUGCUGUGAGCAAAGAAGGUGAUGCCUUUCAUAAGCUGCUUUUUGAAUGCACUGUACGGCCAUUUUAAUAGUUGUUUCAUUUAAUUUACUCAUUUUACAUGUUGGUAUGACAGAUAAUUAUGUCUUUUUUUCAGCUUGAUGAAGACAUUAAAACUAUACUACAAAGAUAUGAAGGAAUUGGUGAAGAGGACUCUGAACAGACUUCCAAUGAGGCUACUCUGUCAUAUUUAGACUACCUUGCAAAUCUGGACUCGGACCAAGUUAGAGAAGAAGUGGCCAAGAGAUCUACUGCAACAAAAGAACACACCAGGAAACUGUUAAGCUAUGUAGAAAAGUCUGGACCUUUCGUAACUACACCUGCACCAAAAGUCACCAAAGAGCUGUCAAAUGAUGAGAUUGAUGUAGUAGGAGAAGAGAGCAAAGGUAAUGUAAAUGUUACGGUCUUGGUCAAUCGCUGAUAUGCAGGAUGCUGGUGUUCUUGAGAUGGAAGUUGUGUUUAUCCCAGAGAUGCCAAUGUCUGGAGACCUACCAAGGCUGUGCUUUAAAAAAAAAAUGAUGGGAGCCCAGUGUUUGGAACCUCUGAAAUUCAGGGAGCCCAGCAUAUGAAUUUUUUAAAAAGGCUAAGAUUUCCAAGAAACCCAAGAACAAAAUAAUGUUAGGCACCAGGGGCUGCCAGAGCACAGCUACAGUAAAAUCAAAAGAUUGUCUCUUUUGCAGAACCCACCCCCAGUAUCAACCCAAUGUACCCCUGAUCCGCACCCAGUUAGCUUUAAAUCGUGAUGUGGAUGUGGCUGCGGAAGUUAUACAUGGCCUUACACAGACAGUCACUUCCCAGGGUAUAAUGACAGAAAAAAAUCAAAACUCACUUCUAUGUCUAUAAUGACAAAACUAGUCCUUGUUAGUGAUUAAAGGCAUUUGAAAGUGCCCUCAGAAAUCAUACAUUGUACUAGUAACCUACUCAAAAGCAUUGUUGGGAAAUUUUGAGCUAAUUUCCAGACUAUAGCACAGAGGAACUAAAAAAUAUUUUCACCAGCUGGGAGAUGUAAUGAUCAACAUGAAAGACCAGGAGAUCCAGAACCACUUUGAGCACCUAAUUUUUUACAUCCCUUCAAUGAUCAUUAGUAAUCAAGACAGUCUUGGUAUUGUUGUUAGAUUCAUUAGUUUCAAAAUCUCUUGUUGUCUUUUUUGCGGCUUAAAAAGGCAUACACCUGCAUCUAUUGUAGCUAAUAACCAAAAUUCAUCUUCUAAUAGAAGAGGAACAACAGCAACCAGAAUUUGCUCAAAAAACAAGUGCUGAUGAACAGGAAAAACCUGAUCUCGAAGCUGACAAUAAACAACUUAGAGAGCUUGUCACUUCACUUCAUCAAAAACAGCAAACCACAUCUCUUGAGGUAAUCUGUAACUGUUAAUCCCCAUUUACACCCCCACCACUUUUAUUUUAUUCUUUAUUGUACAUGUAGGUAUGAUUGUUGGAGUCUCUGAUUUUAAAGUUUCUUGAUUAAAAUGCACAUGUGUAACCACCUUUAAUGGUAAUUUCUGUAAAAAAAAGACAUCCUAGCUUUUUAUGUAACUAAAAGCUUUUCACUUCCCAUAUUGUGGAACAUUUAUUUAUGGGUGUGUGGUUUAAAAGCAUGUUUAGGUUUAGUUUGGAUAAGAUGAAACACAUCCGUUACUCAGAUAUUAUUGUUGAGUUGCCAGGUAAGGUCAGAUAUUGACUGUAAUUAAAUAAUAGCCAAGUCUGUAAGAGUACACAGUAUGAAAUUAAUAUUAUUUUAUCCCGUUUGGACGUGUAUAAAAAGCUUAUGACUGUUUUUGUGUACUAUAUUUACACAUGUAGGAAAGAUCCAGCAUGCAUGGUAGCUCCACUAAGGAUUGUGUGUGGAUUAGACAAAAAGUUCUAAAGUUUUUAUCCCACUAGAUAUUUUUGCAUUAUGAAUUAAGUUACAUUACAUUUUGGUAAAAAGUACUACUGUUUACGUGUAUUUCUAGUUUUCAGAAAUCCGAGAUAAAUAUGCUUUAGCACAAAAGGAGAUUUCCCAGCUAAACACUGAACUUCAGGAUGCUUUAUAUGAGCUUCAAAAAGCCAAUCACCGGGUUGACAAUUUGGUGAAGAGGCUUAAUGAACUGGAAGACGUGAAUAAGAGACUGCGUGAUGGAAAUACAGCACCAGGAGAACAAGGGGACAGUGGGCCAGCUCAGGUAAAGUCAAAAUGGUGUAUGGUGCCAAACCAAACUUUGCCUUCAGGGGCGGGUCUGGGAUUAUUUAAUGGGGGGUGGAUGAUACCAAUUGGCCACCCAACUAUACCAAAUUUAUUUUAAUUUAUCUUUCGUUUGUCCCAAAACAUGGUGAUGUAGGAAGGAUAAAGGCUGGUUGGCUUCACAAGGUUUUUGAGACCCACGUGUUUCUAUAUUUUUUAGGGACCCAUGUAUUUCUGCUUGUUUUUCCAUGCCUUAUAUUUUAAUUGGUGAGCUGUUCUAAAGGGAGGUAGCUAGCCACCCAACCCACUCCCCUUGGGUUCACCCAUUACCCACGCCUGCCUACCUCUGCCUACAGCACAUACAAUCAACUCUUGCCUUGUGGACACCUUGUUAUAACGGACACCCCGAUAGUACGGACAGCAGCUAAAUCCCAGGCAAAAAUAAAUUGCAGAUAUUUGACUGUAAUAAACUCCCACUGUUGCGCACUGUCAUGAAUGAGGACACUAACUCAUGUCCCUACAGUGUCCGUGGUAAAAAGAGUUGACUGUACGUUUAAUUGUAAAGUUAGGUUUAUGCUGCUGGUGUUGAACAUAACAAAGUGCACAGCAUGAGGGUGUCAGCACAUGUAUGUUGUAGUCUAAUCCAGAGGUGCAAGCAGUGUUUUCUCAAUUUAACAUUACAGCAGCUGCAUGUCUCACAUCUGUACGUGUAUUUGCAGGGAUGAGAAAGUGCCAUCCUUACAUGGCCAAUUCACAUGGCCCCCAAAAUACAUCUAGUAAAUGUCAUACAAUUUCUUCCUCUGUAACACAGGCAUCUCUGUAAUGUGAACGCAUGGCUUUGUCCCUUAAGUGUUUUUAAUUUGACAUUGCUUGGGGUAGACUUGUGUUCUUAAUCUUUUUAUCUUUUUGUGAAUUGUCGGUGUGCACUUGACUGGGGGCUUUCAUGUCUCCUGUUUCACUGCCAUCACCAUGUGCUGUAAAUGUGUAGUAUGCACUUCUCUCAUGUAUAUCUAUAAUUAUCAUGUCCUGUUUAAAAAAAUGAUGAUGAUUAAAAGUUACACCUCUUGCUUAUAACCCUAACCACAGAAUGAUGAAACAUCUACUGAACUGGAGGACUUACAAGAAUUAUCCAAGACAAGGUUGGAAGAGUUGGAAAAACUCAAUGACAAUUAUAUCACUUCCCAACAGGAGCUGGAAAAGCUCAAGCUUGAGGUCAGUAUAAGCAACAUGAUAUGUGUGUUUUGAAACUGAUUUGUUUGAUUUGAUUGUUUUUCAUUGUAAAAAAUGCUUUGUUGUCACUGAAUACUUUAAACCUGCAUGGUUAGAGUUGUAGUGUGGGUGGGUUAAGGGCAUUCAGAGCUGACAGUUAGGGCCUGGGGCUAGGAUUGUUCCCUAACUAUACCUAACUACUGCAAAUUUGCACUUAUAAAAUCGUCUUUCUUCCCCACUAAGGUGUUUCAAUGAAAAAUUGGUACACAAUGUGGAUACAAAAUAUUACCCUGUGAUAAAUUUUUGUCUCUGAAAUUUUCUUACAUGGAAGUAGCAGGGGGACAUUGGGGGACUGUCAACACCACAACACCACAGCAAAAAAUAGCAUACACUGCAUCACCGCAGAAAAAGUUGAGGAAACGCCGCCAUAGCAAUUUGAUUUUUGCCCUGUGAUUAAUCUAUUCUAUUAAUCUCCAUGUAAUUGGGAAAGGAGGAUCUCGGAGCUGGUUUUGAUUUAGUAGACUCUCAAACUGACCUCAAGAUUCUAAGAACUCUAUUUCAGUAAUGCAGGUAUAAAGAAUGCAUGGUGGCAUGUUACGAACUUACCAAGUAGAAUUUGUCUUUAUGAAAGUAGUUUGGAUCCCCACCCUUUUUCUGUCUUCGUAAAAGAAGUUACACAGUCGGUUAUGCACUCUUUUGUAUGCCCAAAUAAUAAACCACAACACUGCAAAGAGUCCACAAGUUAUUGUGCUUCACCAAGUACCGUUGAUGUAAAAUCAGAAACACCGCACACCGGUUUGAGAUCAGCGCAACAUUUUAUUCAAACUAGCUACACCGCCACAGUGCCAAUCCUCAUUUUACAAAGAGGAAAUGCUGGAAUAAUAUAUAAUGUGAUAUUUUUUUUCCUUUCUUCUCCAGAUAACCAACAUUCCUGAAAGUGCAGUUCUUCAAUCCGCUCCUUACAAAUGCUUACAGUCACAAUUCUCUGUUUUGUAUGGAGAAGUUACCCAGGUUGGUCAGAGGAACUAUUAAAUGAACCGAUGCUUUGUACUGUGAGAGAUAUGGAGUGGGUUGCCUGCUUACAUGAUGAGUGCAAAGUGGUGACAUAUGUAGAAGGCCCCCAACUGAAUUUUCAUUAUCUCUUCCUAAGAGAAAAACAAGCAAAAAUAUUUUGUAGCAAACAGGGUCAUCAAAAAAUCAAGUACCAACACUGCAGGGGUGCUGUGUUUAGGUUUGCCUACAGUUUUCAACGUAUGUUGUUAAAUCAGCAAGAGUGUCAAGUUUUCCAAACUGCUUCAAACACUCUCCUGCAUGUAGAUCUCUUCAUUCUUUCAAUAAUCCUUUGGGGUUUGAAUAAUUUGGAAAAGAGAAUUAUAGCUAAUAAUUUUGCAAUGUUUUCUUUGUCUGGUUUUAAGACUCUCAUAAAGUAUAUUACUUGCAGCAUGCAAAGAAAGUAGUGUCCAAUAGCCCGGGACUAGUGGAUUUUACUAUCAGGCUAGUGAAUUCUGUUCCUAACUUGCCCAACGGGAAAGUGAAGUUUUGUGAGGAAUUCAAAUUACAUAAGAACUGUGUAAUCAAUCCUGCUCAUCAAAAAGUUGUUGGGGCUAGUGAAAUGAAUUUUGGGCUAGGACAUACUAGCUGCAGUUUGCCCAAAUGGCAAGCUGUAAAACUGACUUUCUCUGUACCCUGACUUGGGUAUAUUUUUCUUAAUUUAUUGUGUUUAUAUUUCUGCAGCUUCGCCAACAGCUUGAUGACACUCGGCGUGCUCUCAGCUCAACUAAAACACAGCAUGUCCUACAGCUGGAGCAAAUUGAGGUAUCUUUAUAAACAUUUUUUUGAUCUCUUUUUCUUGUAAGAUCACUGAUCCAUACCACAGUAGUUAAAAACAGUUCAUACAUGCAAGUUCAACAAGUUCCCUAUUGCUUGGGAACUGAAACAGCAAAAUCCAGUGAUCCCAAGGCGAUAUACCAACCCACUGACCUUACCAACUCCACCAAAACAUUUAAAGUGACUUUAGGUAAUUUAUUGACUUCUCCUCAAAUACCUAACAAGAAAUAAUCCACAUCAAAAGAUCUAUGAAUUGGCACCCAAGCAACCAUUUUCAUAGAUCAAUUUGAACAUGAGACUAGCCUACUGACGGAUGUUUUAUUGAGUCUAAUUCCUGGGGCAGCAUGGCGAUUGGACGAAACUCUUUGAAAGUGUACAAGCUUGUUCAACAUUUUCAGUGAAACCUGUAUUAAGAGUAUGCCCAUGUCACCUUUGCUGGUGUCUCCCUAAAGUCAGUCCUAAUAUUUCCUUUCAAGAGGAAAGUCAAGGACUCAUUGUCUUCAUGUCUGCUUUAUAUGAUUGAGGUCUGUAUUGGAGCCAAGGGGCUCAUCACACCAGAGCUUAACUCGGUUUGAGUGUUCUCUAGAAUGAAGUGACUAGGGAUUAUUCUACUCUGCGCUGGACGUGAGGCCAGUGCAUCGCAGGGUUACAGUGCAUGAGAGAAGUCAUAAACUAAGACAGGCAAGUAAUGGCAAACCAUUCCUUUUUUUAGCUAUGGGUUAAUCCCUGCACCAGAUUCGACGGUACCUAUUUUUAAACCUGCGUGAUGCGGGGUGCACAUUAUACAGGUUUUAACAUAACCUCGCCUAAAGGUUUUUCAUAUCCCCACCUCACACACCACUGACUUUUUGUUAGUCAAACAAUGUUACAAUGCAGAAGAAAUACAAAGCGGAGAUAAGCGAACUCCAUGAUGCCCUGCUACAAGUGAAAAGAGACUACGACCUGCUGCGAAUGGAGUUUGAACAAAAUCUCAAGGCAAAUGAACAAACAGGUUUGUCUCUUUUUAUUUAACUAUGGAAAUUUACCUUGCUUUUUUAACGGAGUACCAUAAAAUUCGGAAAUAACCCCCUGGACUAUUGUCUUUGUAGAUGACUUUAUUUAGGGGCUUCAAGAUAUUUUCGAAGGGACCUUAUAACAGGAGGUAAAUUGUCUGUCAAAUUUGGGUUGUCUAAAAGUGGAGGAAAGUCUGAGUUAAAAAGUCGUCUAUGUACAAAACGUUUUAAUAUUUGGAAUGUGAUACGUAACAUUGAAUUUCCAUGUAUUACGGUUCGAAUGUCAAACAAAACCACGAAGACCCAUAUUUAAAAUGUAUUAUAGCAAAUAUAAGAGAUGUCUGGCUAUUAAGGAGUCAUAUUUUGCACUUGAGGAUCAUUUCUAACGAUAGACCUUGGAAGGUGAUAAUUGGAGGGUUAUUAGCCUGCAGGCAAGCUCUACAUUUGAGGGGUGGGGAUGAGUUUUUGCAGAGAAGGGUGUUUCUCCAUUAAAAUGGAGGACCUACUUCCGGCAAUUUGCAGCUAUUAAAUCUUCGUAAUCCCUCCUAAUGUCAAUGAAAGGCCGGGGGCAAAAAGAGCUUAAAUUUCAAGAUGAAUUUUCGUACGUGGAUUCUAGCACUACAUGUAACUGUCGGCUCACUCAAAAAACAAACGCAUUGGUCAGAGAGGGGCUGAGUUGUAUUCAUAGCUGCAUGUUUUUGGUUACAGGUCCAAUGACGAAAGAGAUGAGCCACAUGCUUAGCAGCUUACAGGUAAGUUAUUGCAGGGAAACAAAACUGUCGGUCGUUUCGAUACAAAGUCGUUUCGUUACGAACUCAAGCAGUGAAAUUGCACAAGAAUUUUGACCACCUCAGGUAUAGUUUCAGGGGCACCCAACGAGGAUAUAGUUCAAAACCUCCAAACAUAGCAUUGUUGAACGUAUUUUAGUAUUUAAACGGUAGAUAUAGGCAUAUUUUUAUCCCCUAAAAACUUUUCAUCUGUUCAGAUUUCCUAGCUGAAAGUCUAGUGAUCCGAAAAUUAUAGGGAUCAAAACUAACCUUUUCGAAAAUUUCAGCCAGGAAAAGGCUCCCGAAAAUUCUAGGUGGCCUUUUUUAGGGUAAAUAUCCGAUUAAAAUGGGUAAUUAUACCAUUUUGUAGAUGUUCGAAAAUCCUAGGAGAGGCAGGCAAGCAAGAAAUUUUACAACAAAUGUUUCGAAAAUUCUAGUUUUCAAAUCGUCUUCCGAACAGAUAUUUUCCCGAAAAUUGCCGUUGGGUGCCCCUGUAGUUUACGCGUGAACAAGAACAAAAAACAUUUGGGGUGUAUAUUCGUCCUUCCUUAAGCCAAGUACUUGAAACUAUUAAUUUACACCUCGACAAAAUAAACUUGUAUCGAAACGACCGGUAACAAAAAUGUACAGUGCAAAAGGGCUAUCACUAAGAUUUCAAGGUCAGUACCGGAUCCAGACCUUGAGAUAAGGGGGGAAAAUUUUUGGGGGCCUCAGUUUGGUCCAAAAACAAGUGGUGGGGAGGGGGGGCGGGCCCAGGCCCCUCCCCUGGAUCCGCCACUGAAGUUGGCAUAUGCAAUUAGUAGGCUGGGAAUUUAAGAGCUGGAAAGUUCUCUUCGGUUCUAUUCUCCUUUUGUUUCCAACGAAACCAACCGGGUUAUGCUCAUAGUACUGUUAAGGACGCGAAUACAAGGCCACGACUUUCUACUUCUCUUUUAAAACUUGGACUUGUAAGGGCUUUAGGAUUGAAACAUUCACCAGCAUUUGACAAAAUGGAACGACGUGGAAUGAGAGUGAUGAAUUUUUAAACAGCGUGAACUCACUUUUUAGGGGACGUUUAGGGCAUCGUCGUAGUAGUAAAAAAAACAAUUAGUUUUAUGAGAAAAACAACAGGCCUGCACGUGCAUCGCGCUUUUUAGUACAUUUCUUUGUCGUCCACAGCACGACUACUACGUGAAACCUCAUAAUGCGACGUUUAAUGCAGGAGGUGAACAUACGACGACGAAUUUUCUUUUCUUUUCUAAUACCUGGAUAAAGUCCUUAAGAAUUCAAAUCCAGGAAAAAUCGCCUUGAUUUGGCAAAUUGAGCGGAUCCACGUAGACGCGACAAAGUUUGAUAGGUAAAGUCAUUUUGGCAGCGACGUUUUCUCUGCCGUCUUUGUCGUCAUUGCUUAAGCUCCCUACGUUGCGCUGAAAGUUGCUAAAAAGUGGUUCGAAAUAUUCAUCCCCAAACAGUCCCAUGGUGCAAUUCAAGACAAUACUGGCUCGAGCCAGUCUCUCACACGGAAGACCUUAGAUAACAAUGACCUCAACCAGGUUGGGCGUCCAGCGGUGUUAGUAAAAACAAGGGUUUGGGUUGGGUGCUCAGUCUCGCUGGCUCAUAAAACCUGGUCUCGGUCAUUCCUGUCUAAGGAUUUUCUUCUCACACAACCUCAAAGUGACCAACAGGCCAUUUUUGAGUUGUCUCAAGCCUCUGUUUCAAAUCGAGGCUAAGUGCCAAGCUAUUGAUACGAAAAUGAUUUUUUUUAUUCUUAUGCAAAUAACACUCAUUUUCACAACAAAGGUUUCACACUUAGCCUCCCCCGAAGGCGUUUUAAGGGAGCUCGUAUUUCUUCCCUCCCCACUGGGUGCCACUGUUGAUUGGUUGGUCACCACGCAAAUAAAACAAUGAAAAAGGAAUGUUGUUUUCCGUUGAGCAGGCGUUUGAAGGGAGGGAAGAAAUACGAGCUCUCCUAAAAACGCCUGCGGGGGAGGCUAUUUCGCACUUGGCUUCGUUUUGAACGUGAGGUUUUUGGACUGACUCGGGAAUGGCCAAUUAAAUCUUUCUCAAUCACUACCGGGCUUAAACUUUAUCAUGUUUCUUUAUUGUUCACCACAUCUGAUUAAUAUUUUUCAGAGUCACAAUCAGCAACUUAAGACUGAAGUGUCGAGAUAUAAAAGAAAAUUCAGUGAAGCUCAGGUUCAAGCCACUAAGGUGAAGAUAACUAGAUAGUGGUCUUGUUUUUCUUUUUUAGGUAAAGCAAAGAUUUGCCUUUAUCAAGCUAAGGGCAAGAUUUAAAAUGGUCCAAACAUAGAAAUGUUACCCUGUUAAGGCGCGCGAGGGCAACACGCGAAGGGGAGAGGAAGGCUUCUUUUUCUUCUUUCCCCUCGUUCGUCCGUCCUCAAAAUUUCUCCCUUGCACGGCCCCUGGUACGUAACAACCACGUAGAGGCUGUGGAACGAUUCUCUGAGCUCAUGGCCAAAAGUCAGUGUUUCUGAUGUGUGGGUUUUACUGUAUUUGCUUUAGCUAUCCGAAGAGCUAAAACUGGCGAAAGAAUCGCCGAAACCGUCAUCUGAGGCUGCGAAGCAGGAAGACGGUGAACAGGCUAAAGACCAAACAGAGACAAAGGCAACUGCUAAACCAGAAGAAGAGGGCGAGAUAGAUGAUGGUGAGGAAACAGCAGCCUCAAGCAGUAAAUCCUCUGAAGCAGAGCUAAAGGAACUACGGGCUAGUUUGAAGUGAGUUCCGUUAGUCUACUGGGGGAGCAGGGGUGGGGAGCAAGGGAUGACGCAGCGGUGAGAGCACUCGCCUCCACCAAUGUGGUCUGGGUUCUAAUGCCGGCGUCGCGCUACAUGCGGGUUGAGUUCGUUAUUGGUUCUCUCUCUUGCUCCGAGAAGUUUGUCUCCGGGUACGCCGGUUUUCCACUUCUCAAAUAUCAUAAGAGUAUAAUUUUCCGUUGUUUUUAGCCUGGUAAGCGACCAAGUUCCCGUAGGCGACCACUUUCUCUCCGCCGUUUGGGUGGUCGGCUACGGGUGGUUCGGCCGUAUCAGAAGCAUAUGCUUAUAUAUAUGGGUUACAUGCUUCUGACCGCAUAUAUAUGUAGACUGAGAAAGGUUUGAACCCAGACUUAUAACCAAAAUUUUGCAGUAGAAGAACUGGAGAUUUUUUCGAGGGCGAAGGUUUAUAUUGAGCCCGCGUCUCACCUCCUUUUACCCUUAACAAUUUAUAUGAAAUAAGUUCCCUGUUAAAAACAAUUUGUGGCAUUAAGUGCUGCAUUUGAAAAGUUAGUUAUCUAUUUUUAUUUUUGGAAAAUCUUGACAGAAAAUCUGAAGAAAGCCAAAAAGAGAUGAAGAUUUUGUUAGACGUGUAUAAAGGCGCUGCAAAAGAUCUCCGGGAUAAAGUUGAGGUAAAGAUCAGAUGGGUAAAUGGUGAUAAGUUUUUAUGAGCAAAGUCAUGAUUUUCUUUUCUUUUUUUUCCUCUGUGUGCCAUUUAGCUGAUAUCCGCGGAGAAAAAACUGAAAGAGGAAAUAGAAGAGCAGAAGGUUCGAAUAGAGAAUCUUGAAAAGGAGUUAGAAAAGUAUAAAGGUGCUUUAGCUGACGAGGAGGCCAUAAAGAGGCUGAAGAUGGCAGAUGAAACAAUUGAGCAACUACAAAAAAAUUUGGCGGCAACGAAACAGGUGACAUAUAACCACUUGUUUUCUUUCAAGAAAAAUUAAUUUUACUUUCAACUCGUUGCACCGGACGAUGACACGGACAAAUGAUCUUGUUACGUGACUGCUUCUUUGUCCGAACUUUUGAAUUUUAGUUUUUCGAAUAGUUAGCGCGUAGGAUUUCUUAUUGUUCGCUGUUAGACCGUGUUACUGCGUUGUGACCUGAGACGUAGUCAGUCAACUUUAGUAUGCCUUAAGACCAGAAACUUUGCUUUAAUUUCUGUUUCUACUCAAGUGUAUCAAAAGGUACCGCCAAAAUAAUGCUUGGACUAACUCUUUGAUGUACUCGCAUUUCAUCCGCGGGGAUUGCUAAUACUUUAGGGUACCUAAUGCUUCUUAGCGUCCCACGCAGACGUUCUUAGGGGUUUGUCACGCGUUCCCUGUGGGGCAGGAACGCGUGACGAACCCCUAAGAACGUCUGCGUGGGACGCUAUAUGCUACUUAAACGGCCUGGCCGUGUGGCGCACGGGUCUUUUGGCUCCUAGUGUGCCUUUAGCACACAACAUGUUAAGAAUCGUGAAAGGAAACCCCAACUGCAAGAUCUUUUGCCGACACAAUGCACGUAACGCCGUCAGCGUGACUGCGUGGAAGAUAAAAGUAUAAGUGCACGCUUAUCUUGCCAGCAAACUGUCCAUUUGGAGUAGUCGCGAGAAGUCACGCGAGUGCCUAGUGCAGGCUGUACAUUUGUCACUAGACAUGUUGUGGUCAAGGUGAUGGUUUAUUCAUCCAAACAGUGGAUUUUUUUUGCAUGAUCUAGAAACACGGCAGCUAACUGAAUGGAGGAUAACAAUAUUGUCGCUGUUUCCUUCUGCAGGAAGAAGAUGCCGUGUUGGCGGAAAUGGAGUUUACAGGUCAGGCGUUUGAGGAGAUGCAAGAACAGAACGUUCGGCUUCUACAGCAGCUACGAGAAAAAGACGACGCCAACCUGAAACUCAUGUCCGAGGUAAGAUAAACACGUCGCCAGCCUGAAGUUUUCGUUUAAGGUAAUUCUGAGCGAACAAUAAUAAUGAUUCUAAUCAUAUCGAUUACUUGGAAUUGCCCGAAGAGAAACCAAUAUUACUUUUGCAUGUUAUUUGUUGUGCUAACAACUAUCUUGACUAGCUACGCAAGCUAAAUCCCGUCUAGCAGUGAGGGCCCAGUUGUUCUCGCGGUUAAAUUUUAACGGGGUGUCUUUUUCUUUUCUUCAACAGUAUUUUCUGGGAUAAUUUACUCUAUUCUUUUUAGAACAUCUAAUCAUCAAAUUGUAUGCAAAAAGAAUUAAAUUGAAUUUGCUAUUUAAGCUUUCAUAUCUAAAUUCAAAUUUCGCGCUAACCCUGUUGUCUCACGCAAGUGACAUGACAACAUUUUUUCAUUUUCAACUUCCUUGUUGUUUGCUUUCUUUCAGCGAAUAAAAGGGAAUCAGAUCCAAAAGCAACUGCGCGAGGAGAUGGACGUGUUAUCUGACCACGUGACUUCUCUCAACGCACACCGUGAGACGCAGACUCAGUUAGUGAGGAAACAGGACGAAAGAGAAAAGGCAUUACAAAAUGCAAUGGUAAGGAGUUAUGAUUAAAAGAUUAAACGUACUAUGUUCCGAGAAUAGAGCGAUUUUCGUAUGACCUUGAAAAAUUGUUUCUUUAAGUGUUCGUUAUUUGUUUUAUCAGCCAAUGGAUGAAAAGGUCAAAACAUGGCCUCUUCGUUUUCCCGCCAAAAAAACACCCUAAUAUGGAGAAGGCAUUGUUCGAUUGGCCAAUCGUGUUGCAGUGUGACGUCAAAGCGAAGUAUCCAUUGAUUUCUAGAAAGUUCUCAGGCAUGAAGUUUUUUCACCCGAGCGUUCGCUUAACCAACCAAAAGCCACGCGCGUUCAUAUCCGUUCGAUAAACCAAUCAAAUCGCUCUAUUUUCGUUUGUCUGUUGUUUCUGUUUUGUUUGCGCGUUUUCAUUUCAAGGUCAUACGAAAAUCGCUCUACUGUAUUUUCUCGAUUAAACGCCCCCGGCGUUUAUUUAAAAAUCGGCAGUUUUGACCCGCCGUUUUUUCAAGGCGACGUUUAAUCGGAGUCCAACAUUUAAUCGAGAAAAUACGGCAUUGCUGUUUUGGGUCCAUUCUGUGCGGAAGUCAUAAAUACCCAUACACAAAAUAGAAGAAAGAUUUUUGUGUUUUUGAACUGGGAUUCAAUGGUUCUGGACUGGGACUCAUGAUUUUCAGAAGAUGAGUCCUAGGACUCACCAUAACUAUUAGUAACAAAAUCACUGCUUUAAAGCUUAAAGGUAGCAACUAGCGUGACAUAGCUCUUUUAAGCAAUUAAGGUAAUAAUGCUCAACAACAAUAGCAUAAUAGGCUUAUUAUAAGCCAAAGACACGUUGCUUUGGCGUAUUUGUACCAUUGAAUCCAUUGUAUCCAGGUUUUCACGAGUGCUAUCUGCAACGUAAACCCGAUUGAAUUCUCCUUUGUUUCCGUUACCAGACGUCACUGGAGAAAGAACUCAACUUGAGGCAGCAAGCAAUGGAGCUGCACAAACGAAAGGUCUGUAAUAACAUUGGUUGUGUGUUCACUGUUGUAUAAUAAGCUGAAUGUUUUAACAGUUUGUCGUCCAAUACAUGACCAACUGUCAUUCCAUUUCAACAUUUUUUGUCAGUUUAUAACAACCUCUUUUGUUUCUUACAGGCGAUAGAAAGUGCACAGGCCGCCCAAGACAUCAAAAUCCGGUUCGACUCGUUUCAACAGCAGUUUCAAGAGGUGAGAUGCGUGUAUGAAGUCUUUUCUCGCCACUACCACGUGGAUACCCUUUUCAACACGACACUGAUGUUAGCCAUUUUUAAGUUGCGCGAAAUAAGACUCAGUUUGCGUUGUGUUGCAUUAUGGGAUUCUUUUGUGGCUUGAGUUUUGACACAGUUGCCCUCGCUUUAGGCCCAAGGCCCCAGUUGUUUAAAAGCUAUCCACCGGAUAAAUCCCAGUCCACUGUAUAAUGCAUGCAAUCGGUUUCUCUAAUUCUUAUCCGCAUGAUAGUCUGUUAUCAGGGGCUAGUUGUUCAAAAGGGGGGAUAGCGCUAUCUACUGGAUUUAUCACUCAGAUCCGCUAGAUGGCGCAAUUGGUUUCCCUUAUACGUAUCGAGUGGAUAGUGACUUAUCCGGUGGAUAGUGAUUUAUCCGGUGGAUAGCGUUAGACAUCUUUUAAACAUCCGAGGCCAGCUGGCCCAAGUUUUUCAAAAGGUGGAUAACGCUCUCCACUGGAUAAAUCUCUAUCCUCUGUAUAGUGUAAUUGGUUUCCUUAAUACUUAUCCGCUGGAUAGUGAUUUUUCCUUUGGAUUGCGCUAUCCAACUUUUCAACAACUGGGGCCUUGGGCAAUAGAUACGAAUUUUCGAAAAUAACUCGCUGACGAAAUCCUUUCGGCAAACUAACAAAUAAAUUCCAAUUAUCACAACUGAUACCAGAUUCUCGAUAUACAAAGAACCUAGAAAAAAAAAAUUUGAGCUCCAAGUGGAAUCGAAACCACGCCCAUCCCUCUCUAGUCAGAUGUUCUAUCAACUGAGCUACUGGGGACCCUGUGGUGAGCUAUUUUGGUUUACAAAGUGACUCUUCCCUUUGGUUGCACAUGACUUCAAUAGGAAAUCGCCCGACUUGAAUUUCCCUCAAAUUAUGUCUCUCUUGUUUCAGGCCCAAGAAAGCUUAUCCGAGCAAACCCGUGCAUCGGAGGAGGAAGCAUUCAAAUCCCGCAGAGUUCAGGUUAUAUUGAGUGACAGCUUCUUUUCUUGUUGAACGUCUGUAAUCACGUUUGGGGCUCCUCUGCCUUAUAUCUUUUUGACGCUUCUUUUUCAAUCUUCUAUUUUAGGAGGAAUGCGCAAGCCUCAGGCGCAAAUUAGAAAAGGAGAAGAAAAACGUUUUGUAUGGUGCGGCAGAUGAAAUUCUUUUGGAGGAAAUUAAACAAUAUAAGGUAAUGCUCAAGAAAUUAUUUUUUUCUCUUAAUGUCCUGUUACAAGAGCUACGGGAGAGAGAACAGGUUCGACCCAGUGACGUUCAAGAAGGAAUCUAGAGGCGCUAUCCACCCUUCAAAAGUAAUAGUCUUAUUUUGCUCUCUUAGUGAUUCGCUGAAAAGAACUCGCACCUCUUUCUCUAAACCAAUUAAAAUUAAUCCUAAAAAAGGCAAUUUCUAUUUUCUCGCGAACAUUUUUCCCGUAAAUUUGUUUUCAACUUGCAGCGAUUUGCGAUGAGUUUCGAAACUAAUAGUCUUAUUUUUCUCUGUUUGUUGUUCGCUGAUAGACCUCGCGCCUCUUUCUUUAAUCAAAAUGAUUGAUCGUAAAAAUGUGUUUUCAAUUUUUGGAGCGAUUUUCAGAUGAGUUUCGAAAGUAAUAGUCUUAUUUUGCUCGCUUUGUGAUUUUGCUGAAAGACCUCGCGCCUCUUUGUCUCAACCAAUCAAAAUUAAAACCAAAAACAAUUGUCACUUGCUCCCAAGCAUAUUUCCCGCGCUUAAAGCCGGCCAGUCCACACUGUGGUUGACAUGACAUCUGACUGGUUUAUUUGAAUGUCUGCACGUAUUGCAAUUGGCCACACUGGUUACCAUGGUUCUGGGUUGGCAACUACUUCUGAAUUUUGCUCGAAAGCGUUCUAAUCAUCUUAUUUUGUUUUUAUACUUUCAGGCAAAACUGACUUGUCCGUGCUGCAACACAAGGAAGAAGGACGCCAUCUUGACGAAGUGUUUUCAUGUGUUUUGUUUUGAGUGUCUAAAGACCAGAUACGACACAAGGCAAAGAAAAUGUCCCAAGUGUAACGCCACUUUUGGCAACAAUGACUUUCAUAAGAUAUACCUCUAAAAUAGUAGAAGCCGGCAAAAAAGCUAUGGGAGGCUAGCUAAAUUUAGCCUCAUUGGCAGGUUACUCGGCGACAAGCUUGGAGAAGGACUGGGAGGAGAAAGACGAGGAGCACUGGAAAAGAAAGUGCGGACAAAGUUGGACACUUCAUGUGGCUUGCAUAAUGUAGUAUUCUGUAUCGUUUUUAUGUAGCACUGAGCUACACCAAAAAAGAAAUUCAUUUGUAAGGUAGAGAACAAAUAGGGGAUAGAACUCUUGAUGUUGCAAAGAAUAGCCAUUUGAGGACUAGCAAUGUAGUUAACCUCUCGAUCGGCUGUCGUUAUCGUAGAUAACGUAACCUUGUGACCUUGUAAGAGUUUUUUACUUACUAUGUAGAUGCUCUAGUACACUAAACAGUGCCUUUAAGCUUGAGUAGCAGCAACGGCUCACGAGCUAGUGUAAAGCAACAGAGUUCAAGAAGUACAGAAUUAAUAUGUUUGUAAAUAAAUGAGUCUUUCUGAAUUAGCAGCUUGUAAAAUAAUGUGAGAGUGGCCAGUGUAAUCACCAAUUGCCUUGUCCCUGUAUGGCGUCUUCCCGGGCCUCUCGGUCAAUGCAUUUUGGUGACGUAGCAGAAAACAAAUUUUGUCGCGUUUACUCCAACUUCCUUGAAAUGGGAAAUGGAGGCGAUUUUUCAUAGACUUGAAUUCUUGGGGAUCACACACAAGAUUAGAAAGGAAAGAAAAAGUCGUCGUGGUGUGUUUACGUCCUUCAUAAAUUUCACCUCUUGGGCGUGAAGAGACUGCAAAGAUCAGAAAUGUACCAAAAAUCGCACCUGCAAUAUUGUUGUUUUGUUCAUUUAAAAAGUUUUUGAUUUUUUGAAGGUCUCGUUACCGCCGCUGUCUUCGUUGCUGAAGUUCCCUACCGAUUUUUUGUCUAAUCAGUCACAGACCACAAACAUAAUAAGAAUAAAGAAACAGGUAUCAUUCUGACGAGUGGCGCGCUUUUCUUAACUUAACUAGGUGGCAGGCCGGAUUGGUAAACAACGCAAAACAGUUCGGUCGUCCAAGAUCUUUUUCGCUAAGUAACGUAUUCCUCGAAAAAGCGGGUCUCUCUAAUAUAGGCACUCCCCCUUUCCCCUUUGCAAUAAGCUCCCCUGAAAGUCUCCCACUUUCAUUUCCGUUAGGUUUCCUAGUUAUCUGGGGCGCUUUCCAUUCAACCAAAGACUUAGUGGUCACCUUAGAAGAGGGAACAAAUAUCGUAUCUUUCUGUCUCAGCCCGGAUCAGGGUGAUUGAUCUGUUUAACUAAAUGAAACGAGAAUACAAUACAAUAUUGGACGAUGCAGACUCUGCGAAUCGAAAUAACUUUGUCCCAUCUCAGAGCUUUACAUGAUGCUCUUCGCGAAACUUUUCUCAAGGUGACCAAAAACAAAAUGUUAACUGCUAAACGUCACCGAAGCCAGCUUUAGGCGCGCACUGAUUUCAAACUUGAAAUGUCUCUUGUUUUGAAUAGAGAAUUGUGGGUAGGAUCGAAAAAAAUGCAAAACGCGGCAAGAAUCUGCAGCCAAAAUGCGUUGGUUUCCACGACUUUAAGCAAGAGAAGUAUCCUCUCUUACCUCAAUAUCAGUUCUGUAUUGUUAUUAAUGCUAUUAAAUUUUCCCUUACUCGGAGUAAAAUUUCCUAAUUGAGAAGAAAACUUUUUUUCCGACCACUCCCUGAUCGUUGACCCAGAAAGCUCGUCAGUCGAGCUUGGCAUUUCGACAAUUCUGGAAGUUUAGCGAUUGCACUCACAAUGAGAUCACUAAUAACCCUAGCUUGGGACCAGGCUCCGCGUUAGGGGAAAAAGGAGAAAAAAUCGGCGUGGCGAAAGAAACAAUCAGCGAGCGAAGCGAGCCUGAGAGGGAGUCUGGUGAGGGGAAAGGGUGGCCUUUCCCCCUCCCCAACUGCACCGCUGGGCUUGCUUCGCUCGCCGAUAUUUUUCCUGUUUGACCCCGUUUUUUGCCCUUUCCCCCCACUGCAGACCCUGGUCCAAGGCUAUAAUAAUCCUAGAUGAUGAGAUUGGGAGCUAAAAGAAGAAGAAAAACCUUGAAUCGCGUUUCAUCAAGAAAAAAUGGCUUUGUGGUUACGUGACGUGCCUGAAAAUUGAGCAGAUGUAAAUAAUCUCUGUUCUCGUGCCGCGAAUGGUCAACCUCUUUUCCUGUUGUUUCCAUUUUACCGCACCCCUGCCAGAGAAAUAGCUUUGUCGGAAAUUCCUCGGCUGACAGAAACCCACCCGAACGGAAACCGAACUUUAACGAGUUAAAGGGAUGCCCAGUGCGCAUAUCCAUUUCUGGCAACUGACCGUUGUUACGCGGGCGUAAUACUGUAUGAAGAAAAGGGGGAAGUGGGAAAUGUGAAGGAUUUGUUUGCAUUCAUGGAACAAUAUUUGUUGAGUUAGCAAGGCUGCAUAGUUUCUGGCACCUUUAUGGCUUGAAUUAUGUCUUCGAGGAUGAAGCUACGUCCAACGACAGAUUUUUGCGCGGAUUGUAGCGCUCCAGGUGAGAAAGUUAGCUAGAUAUUGAGUUGAGUCCUAACACGCCAUAGCGCGGUAACAUGACAGUAACUUUUUGUUGAUGACAGGUAACAUGGAUCCUUGUAGAAAUCUGCCUUUAAUGAGUUUAGAACUAACUUUUGAUCACUGGUCUUUGAAUAGGUCCAGAAUGGGCAUCGGUGAAUCGCGGAGUAUUGAUUUGCGACGAAUGUUGCAGUGUACAUCGAAGUCUGGGCCGGCAUAUUUCUCAAGUGAAGCAUCUUCGACAUUCGUCUUGGAGUCCAACUUUACAAGCGGUACGUAUAUGUAAUGAUAAAAAUAUCGCUUUUGUUCUUGCUGCUGUCUUAAGGUACAAUCCGACCUCGUGAUCUUAUUUAGAUGUUGGAUAACAGUGCGUUGUUGUUAUUGGCGCGGGAGUUUCGAGAGAGAAUGGUUUCGAUCAAGUAAGAUGGACAUCAUUGCAAACAUUCACGUCUGUAAUUGAUUUAUUGUAAAGCUUGAUUUGAAGGUUACUUACCAUAGAAAACUAUACUGGUAAAAGUAACUUAGCUUUUCUCCAAAGUCUACUACCCCGAUUAUUCUUUGUUGACUAAGGGAUUCAGUUCUGAAGUGUCAAAAUAAUGUUCCGCGUACACUUCCCCCUUGUAUACAAUAACAUAACUUAUCAUUCUCACCGUGGGGAAAUUAAUCACUGCUUUUUGUCAAAUCUUUCCGAACAAUGAACAGUACAUAGAGAAAUUUACUCUUCUGUAGCAUUUCUUUUGAUUUUCUUUGAACUACUAAGAUCCUUUUUCUAAGAGGGUACAAAAAAAAAAUAUUAUUACACCACUAGAUCUUUGGAAAACAGAGCUUAGUAAAUUCUGCCAAAAAGAUAAGGCAUACCAAUCAUCCCUAAACUCGAAAGCAAAUGGUCACAAUUAUAUUUAAGUUUUGCUUAACAUGAAAUUAAAGUGACAAAAACUGGAUCUUGUUCCUUUGUAGCCAUUAAUUUAAUAGUGUUUUAAUGGUUCAGUGGACACAGCUUAUCAUGGUUCGAAAUAACUGUAGCAAAAAUGAACAUCUGAAAGGUUUCUUAUCCUGUGUGAAUGUAAGCUUGUUAUAGGCAGGUGUUUUGUGUUUUAAUUAAAACAAAAUCUUUCAGAAAACGUGAAGCAUGUUUUCUUGUUAUCAAAUUUAUUUUUGUUUACAAUUGACAUGGAUUUCAAAAUUAAAUUCUACCAUUGGAAAUUAGACUUUUCUCUAUUAACAUUUUAAAUAAGUCCCUUUCCUUUUUGUUUUUCCAUAAUAACAUUGGAAGGUAUAUUUAUGUUAUACUAAGUACCUCCUCUUCCUUAGCUUUUUGUGGGCUUCCUGUAAAACGUGAGGAUUUGAUGGAGAAAGGUGUAGGAUAAUAUAUGCAUAGAAUGCUGAUUGAUGCUAAAAAUACAAAAACAGAUGAUUAUUCUUUGUCAUAAAUUGAAUGAUCUUUCAAUUAAUUUAAUUUAAAGUAUUGUAAAAUGAUAAUAUAUAUGAUGCAAAAAGGUAGCAAGAUAGGGAAGUAGGGAACAAAAGAUAAUUAUUUUGAAAUAUAGCCCUAUAUUGCAAAUGUGUGGCUUGGUUACAUAAUCUCACGUGAUUGUAUGGUAUAUUGGUACAUUGCAUCUGCCAGGGGCUUCAUUUUAGUGGAGGUUUAAGGUCGCAGAGGACACCUUGGGCUCAUUGUUAAACAUUUAUUUAAAGUAUAUGAACAAGGAACACAAACUUCUUUUGACAGCGUUGCAAGAUAUUCUGGUGGGUGUCCAGGGUUUCUAGAGACUACUCGGUGAUUAGCAAAAAUUUACCCCAGAAAUGCCUGCUAGUGACAGAAAAAUCAAAGUAUUUUUAAAGGAGGAUAUUAAUUGUGUCAUAUUUGUUUCUCAAUACUUUAUUGGAUGGAAACAAACUAAUGCUAAUAGAGCUACAAUAAUUACUUGGUCACUCUUAGUUUUUCAGGGUCCCUGAAAUUAAAAUUUUCCCCAGGGAAACCACCCUGACUCCUCUAAUAGCGCGAUAACCCACUUCCAAACCUAGCCUCACUUGCGAUUGCCUUUAAUAAUCUAAUAUCUUUUUGCCUGCUUAAAUUUUUUCCCUCUUAAAAUUUUCUGGAUAAUCCUGGGCUCAUCAGGUACUUGAGUAGUCAAGGAGUUUUUGUUUCACUGACAGAGAAUGUGACAUUUUUCUCCUUAAUAAUAAUUACUACCUUUGUGCAACAGAUGGUUAGGCAGCUUGUUACAAAUGGAGCAAACUCAAUAUGGGAACAUUCACUGUUAGAUCCAAAUCAAAUGAAGAGUGGAUUAAGGAAACCAAACCAAAAAGAUCGUGUGCAGUGAGUAUGCUACUUGUAUUAAACCUACUGAAAUCACCUAAGCGAGACCGCAAUCCAUGUACAGCCUGUAACAUACUGAAAGAAAUAACUUGUUUCUUGAGAUACAUGUACUUGAAACCGCCAUUAUAAAGUCAGCAAGGCAACAGAGCCAAGUGUUGGCUUUACGGAGGUGUCAAGGAGGGUAUUGUACUUUUUGGUGUCUUUGUACUUGUAUAUCCAGAGGAGUUGUUUAGGGGAGAUUCUGCUGUACUAAUAAUCUAUUGUUUAGACCUAGUAUAUGUCCUGUUAACUCAUCAAAAAUUUCUUUGAUUUUGCUAAAUUAAUGUUAUUUCGUAAAAGCAAUCAACCAACUUAUCUGUUGGUUUACUAAUGUAAUAAGCCCACAUGGAAUAGUGGAAGAAGGCAUGAAAAACUUGCAAAUCAUGAAGGUUUGUCUUCUGUGUAAUAGAUCCUUGCAUGGGUUUUCUCAAGUUUUGAUUUAUAAAGACCAGUUAGCAAAUAUCCAUUAGCACUCCUGGAAAAAGCGCCUUAAAAUUAGGAAACAUAGCAAUUUUAUAGGUGAUACAUUAAAAGCGAGCAAAGAUAUUAAUAAAUAUUAAUACCAAAAUUUCAUAGUUGUUUUGUAUGGUGGGGGGCACAAAAUUACCCCCCACCAUACAAACGUCUGUAAAAUUUGGCGACUUUGCGGAGCUAUAUCUUUGAUAGUUUUCAACAAAUCACGUUCAAACUUGGUACAUCUUUACUAAUAUUAAGGCAUUCAUUUUAGCCAUGUUGAUGGAUUUGUGCUAGCUGGUCCCAGUCAAAAGUUGGAAAAACCAUGGAGGAGUUUAUUAUUACAAGGAUUAUUCUUCGAUUAUUAUUGCUAUCCUUUGAAAAGAUCCACUAUAGGCAUUUCACACAGAAAAAUAUUUUUUAGAAAUGGCCCUAAGAAAUGACUUUAGAAGCCAAUACAUAGCUACGUACAUACAUAACUUUAUUUGUUUUCUUCGGAUUUUAGAGUAGCCUAAAGGCUAGUAUCUCCAAUGAAUUACACAUACAACAUCACACAUAAAAAACAUAUUAACAUGAAAACACAAACUGGUGGUAAAAGUAAACAUCCUAUUUAUGAAACUAUGGUAAAAUGUUAACGAUGUCUUUCUUUAUUUUUUAUUCUUAAAUUUUUAGUCCCACUAAAGCAACCUUCAUCAAGGCCAAGUACCAAAGACUUGCAUUUGUUCCUCGUCUUCCAUGUAAAGAUGAUGAUACAAUCACAGUUGCAGACCUCAGCCAGGUAGAAUCUUGAUUUUUGUUCUUUAUUAUUAUAAAUAGAACAUGGCUGCUUGGAGAUACAAAAUUUCUCCCAAUUCUUGUCUUGAACGUAUUUCACUUGUUUGCUGUGCUCACUUAUGCUUGUGAACUACAUUUUUGACGCUACUCAAAUAGAAAUUUCAUAUCUCUGCACAGCUAUGCCCAGGUAAGUGGAGUCUUAAAAACAAAGGCUGCUCAGACACCCAAAACUUGAAAACGUUAAGAGCCCCAGACAGAAAGCUCAGAAACUUCAGAUAAUUAUCAGUUGAAAGUUUUAGGAGCCAUAACUAAUGUUGAGAAGUAGUGAAAAAAAUAGCGUGGAUUCUUCUAAGACAGCCAAGGUCAAGGUGCAGCUACAGGGGAGACAAGCAAAGUCCAGUAUUAACUUUUUUGUAACAUAAACUAUAUGAGAUGGAUAAGGUCAGAUUAAUAUACAGAUUGUAUAAUUACACAAUAGUAGAAGCUAAUAACAAACAAUGAGCCAGUUUUUAUUAUAAAUACAGUUAAACCUGUAUUUAGCAGACCCCAUAUGGGACGGACUCCUUCAUACAGGUUUCAUUGCAUGUGACAAUACUUGUUGACAAGUGAUACAUUGUACCUUUUAUGUUUCCAUUUUAGCAACUACACUCAAGUGUAAGGACUGGGAAUCUUGAGACAUGUUUGAGACUUCUCUCUUUAGGUGCAAGAGCAAACUAUUUUCAUCCUGUAAGUGAUAAGAAAUCUUGUUAAAAUGAGUCAAGAGUUGAGAAUGCCAAUGGUGGAAUGUGGAAGAUGUUUAACGUCAUGAAAAAUAAAUUAAUGAGGCCAGUGGCUUGCUUGAAUUUGUGAGUCAUAACAGAAAAUGGCCACCAUUCACGAUUUUUAUCCCCAGUAUUCACAGGAUACCCAACAGGAAACAAAAUUAGCAAGUGGUCUGUUGACCUAUUUAACUGUGUUGAGCUGCUGGCUUCUUUUUGGCUUUUUAUGUUGACAACAUUGUUGAUUGUUCAUUCACCAUUUUUUUUUGUGAAUUCUGUUCAGAUUAAAAAUUUUCAAAUCAAAAACAAUAAUAAUAAAUAGUAAAUAAAUGAAUAAAUCAAUCAACCUUUACCAUAAGGUAAUUUAUACAAGGAAUUGUACAUGUAAGUCAGUUGGACUUACCUGUUAUUUACUGUUAAGAUUAAUUAGCACUGAGGUCACUUUAAUGAUGCCUUGACUGUUGUUUUCUGUCAGGAAAGAAAUAAUACUCCUCUUCAUGUAGCAGCUAAUGCAGGGCAAGCGCUUCAAGUUGAGCUUCUGAUCGUACAUGGUGCUGAUCCCACUAAACCAGACCUGAAUGGAAAAACCCCUGUGGAUUGUGCUAUGUAAGUGAUCAACUUUAAAUCUUCAGUAAAGGUCAUCUUUAUCAUGCAUGACUAGGAUAGGCCGUGAGAUCCAGGGCUAACAUUAGUAGUGGGCAGCCGGUUUUUUAUAGCAGGCUACUGCAGUAAAAACAGCCAGCUACUCUAAGUUUGAAAAUGAGUCAAUAUACAUGUAUAUGUUGUGAUUCAAUUUUAUCCUUGGGUUGAUUUUAAUUUUCUUUUGUUUCAAACUCAUUAUAAUACAUUAUCAUACCCAAAGACAAAGGAAAAUAAAUUUAAACCAAGGACAAAAUUAAACCACAACAUGUACACAAUGUAGGAAGAAUUCAAGGCUGUUCUCUAAGACAAAUUGAAGGGAGACCAUUGCUGUGACUCAAUGAAAUCCAGGGUGCCCAGUUUGUGAUUUCUAUGAAAAAACUUAGAUUUCCUUGUCAUCUUAACCCUUUAAGUCCCAAUAGUGACCAACAACAAUUUUUUCCUAACAAUAUCCAUACAAUGUCAAGAGAUUAGGUUAUGAGAAUUAAUAAACUGAUCACCUUAGAGAAAAUGCUUUGAUCGUUUAUCAAAUUCACUCGACUCACUCUUUAAGGAAAUGUAUAGAGAUCAGUUUGGAGAAUUUGUACAUGUAUAUUGGGGCUUAAAGGGUUAAAGCAAAAGUAAAGCACUAUGGCUCACUGGGCACUGCUACAUGUAGAGCACAGCCUUUGAUUUGUGGGAUAAGUAAAUGGCUACUUUCCCUGAGAGACCAGCCACAUAAGAUCUGAAUGACAGCCCUGACGAUCUAUGCAUUUUUCAUAAGUUUUAAGAUUUCCAAAUUCUUGUGGGAAUAUCGUUUAUGAAUUUUGUCCAAAAGAAAAUAUUACUAUGUACCUUUUCAGUAAGGCACAUGCACUUGUGUUACAUACAUGAAUACAAGUUGUAAUAUUUUAAUUGUCUUAGCGACCUCCAUUCUCCAUAGAAAUGUGAAAAGUUGCAAACUGAAUGUAUAUGUACCGUUAAGAGGACUUGAAGAAAAUAAUUUCAUUCUCAGAUCAUGCAAAAAACUGGUCACAGUUAGUUUCCUUUUGUAUUCAAUGCAUGUACCUUAUGAAGUUCUCUAAUAAUAAUAAUAAUAAUAAUAAUAAUAAUAAUAGUAACAAUAAUAAUAACAUCAAAGGUAAGAAAUUGAGUGUUGCUUUUUAGAAAGAGCUUUUAUAGAAUGACUGUGUAAGUCUAUUUUCCUGAACAUUGCAGACUUAUAAUCUGAUGUGAGCAAUGUUAUUUCUGCAGGGAGGCUGGCUAUACAAAUAUUGCCCAGCGACUUAUUGAAGUUCAGUUUGAACUUACAGACAGACUUACUUAUUAUUUAUGUGGCAGACGACCUGGUAAGUGCUCUUUUCCACUUUCUUUUUUUUUUUUACAACAUCAAUACCUUCAACAUUAUCAUCAUCAUCAUCAUUAUCACAAUCAUUGUAGCUUAUAUGAUCAUUAUCAUUAAUAUAUUUUUUUAUGGAGAAUUUGGCUGCUUAUGUGUUUUUUCAUUGUUCAAAUUUUCAUUGUCUUGAGAGAAUUUAAACCAGUUGAUUUUUGUAACUAGAGGUAAUCAUUGAUGACGGAUCUGGGUUCACCACUUAUGGAAACGAAAUCGAGUUGAAAGGGGUCCAGUUUCUCGGCCAAAAUGCCUCUGAUAAAAUUAGUAGGGGUGGCUAAUUUGCAGUCGCUCAUAAUAGCUCAAAAAUUUCUGCCUUAGUGCCACAGGAACACCAGAUUAGGAUGCGUUCUGACAAAUGCUUUAAAUGAAUUAAUGAAUGAAUGAUUGAGUGAUUGAUUGAUUGAUUGAUUGUUUGAAGGAUUGAUUGAAUGAAUGAAUGAAUGUUUCCUUUUGUCUUGGACUACCAUAAUGGUCUGAAACAAAGAAAAAUUGCCACAAUGAAAAUCAGUACUUGUUUAAAUGUGCGUAACUUGUAAUCUCCUUGGUGUUUUGAAGUUACAGUGUGUAUGAAAGUCAUUGUUUAAACCACGUCUUUAAAUUUGUAAUUUCAGACCAUCAAAAUGGAGUUCACUACCUUAUUCCCACCAUGGCAGAAAGGUACAUCAUUUUUGUUUCACAGAAGGACACCUUAACCUUGUUAUACAAGCAUGACUUUCAGACCAGUUCAAGUAUAGUCUUGUCCCAGUGCUCUCAUCUCUUUGUGGUUGUUGUUUUACCCCUUUAAGGCCCAAUAUCCACAUACAAAUUCUCCAGAUUAGUCUCUAUACAUUUCCGUAGUUGAUGAUUUUAUUAAUUCUCAUAACCUUUUGUCUUGAUUGUGUAUUGGUGUUGCUAAGAGAAAAUUUAUGGUGAUCCCUUUUGGGAAUUACUAGUUGUCUGAAAUGCAUACCAGUUAAUAACUUUAAUAGUUUAACAAUAUUAUUUUAGUCCUUAUCGUUGUUAUGUUUUAACCAUGAAAUGUGUUGCUUUGCUUAUAGUUGUCUGGAUUUAUCAGAUGAUGCACAAAAAGCUAAACUAAAACUACAAGCUGUAAGUUGUUUGAGGAGUGUUUUCAUGCUGUUAAUGAUGUGCAUCUAGUAAUAAUUAUUAUUAUUAUUAAUCUCGCUUGCUUUAGCUGUGAGACUUAAAAAAUGCAAGCAUAUUUUUGCAUGUGCACACCAAAAGGGGGUCCCAGGUGUUCCUAGCGGAGUCCGUGGAACCUUGGGAUAAGAAUGGUGGCGUGACAAAAGCCAUGCAUAGAAAGCUUGCGAAAUAUUAAUGUAAAAGAUGUCGAGCUUUUCCGGAACGGGACAGUUCAUGAUUUCUAUCGCUUGAAAGCAUUGAUUACUUUGGAACAAGUGAUUACUUCACUGGUUGAAAAAAAGAAGAGUCUUAAUGAGCAAAAUGAUUUCCACCACAUGCUUUCUUAACUUGUCAAGACAACACUUGUAAUACUUGUUGACUUCUUCUUUAUGAACAGUUGAGUCACCAUCUGUUUGAAGAAUUAGCUUCUGAUGUGUAUGAUGAAGUAGACAGAAGAGAGUGUGAUUCAGGUACAAUUAACAUUUACUCCAUUUCCUUGAAUAAUAGCUGUCCCUUGAUUAAUUGCCCCCCUCGAAUAAUUCCCCCCCUUUGAUGGAAAUAUUUAAAAUAAUCGCCUCCCUCAAUUAAUAAAUCCCCCACCCCACCCCUCUUAUCACUUAAAAAACAGGGUUUGCACGCACUUUGAAAGUCCUUGAAAUUUAAAAAAAAAUUCAAGGCCUUGAAAGUCCUUGAAAAUUACAGUCGGUGCUUGAAAGUCCUUGAAUUUCCGUGCUAACUUUAUCCAACCCGGCAAACACUGAAAGACCUUCAGGAUAAUAUUGCUCAUGUUGCGGAGAAAAUAAGAAAGACGUAGACUCUAGCUUCAUAGAAAACAAGGUUAUUUUGUCUUUUUUUGGAAGCUUGCUAAUUUGUCGUCUUAAUGUUCAUUUGUCAUUAGUUUGGCUAGCAACACAGAAUCAAAGUGCUCUUUUAAGUGACACCACUACAGUACCCUUCCUUCCAGUUAAUCCAUCAUUUUCUUCAACAAGAAAUCAGGUAGGGAACCCAUUGCAACUAUUAUUAUAUGAUUAUUAUUAACAAGUGUUCAUUCCAAGUGUUGAUUUAGUCCAGCAUUGUUGAGUCUUGCUGAAACUGCAAGGAUUUAUUAGAACAUGGUGACCAGACAAGGGAGCAUUAGUCUUACAGGUGUCUUAAUAAAUUCGGAAAAGGAACUAUCGGGUUUUAUUUAGAAGGUGUGGUACUUCACCAGGUCACAAGGUUACUUACUUUUACUGAAAAAGAUGCAUGAGAAAAUCAUUUUGAUAAUUAUCUAAAGUAGGGGAUUGUACACAUGACUUCCAGUUAUGUCAUAUUGGUGUACUUUCUAUGUUUAUAUAUUAUUUCUUUUCAUGAACAGGGCAGACAAAAGUUAGCAUUGUUUAAUGCUAAGGAGUUUGCAACAUUAAUUGUUGAUAUAUUGAAUGAUGCAAGGCGGCGGGAACAAGACUCCAAUCCUGAUCUUACACAAGGUAUGGCAAUGUUACUUUCUUAAUGGUAACUGUCCAUUGCACUGCACAUCAGAGAGGGGUUGCUAUUUUUUAUGGUGGUUUGCCUCUGAUAAAAAGCCUAUCUCCCACCUCAUAGAGUUGUUGUGGUACAUGUAGAGGGCAAUACAUUAACAUUAAUAUUGUCUUGUCUCAUCUUGUUUGCGAAUAAUAGUAAGGGAAAAAGGUUGGUGCAUGGCACUUGAUGGUGUGAUUUUUGUCAGUUAAACAUUAAACAACAUUGUAUGGGUUGAUGUUAUGACCCAUUGCCCAGCAGUGCUCAAAAACCACAAACAACUCUUUGGGACCUUGGAAAAGGUGACCUUCACUGCUUAUUAGUGGUAAAUAGACCUUUUUAGCGAUGCGAUGGCCAUAUUGGAUUUAUUAGAUUUAAGGAGUAUUAUGGGAUGCCCUGGGGGCAUGAGUGAGCACAAUCCGAUAUACUCGUUCAGUAUUUACACGCCCUUUUCGGGCCAAUUUUUCUUUAAGUUUUCCUAGAAAAAGAUUGUAAUAGGAAAAAAAUCGUUGUGCUGUGUUUGGAUGUAAUGAUGAUCGCCUUUGUCCCAAGAAAUAUACAUUGAAGUUUUCUUUUUGCCCAAAAAGUGCGCGUACAAUGUAAAUACUGAGCGAGGGCCCCCUAGGUAUCCCAUCAUACUCCUUAAAUCUAAUAAAUUAAAUAUGGCCACCAUACCGGUAAAAAGGUCUAUUAAGGGAAAUUAUGUUUGGGAAUUUGGUAAAGUAACCUCUUAAUACAGGUUUGACUUUGUAGUUGCUGUUGACCUAUUUCUAUUGAACUAUUCUUACUUUUAUUAGCUGUAUCCUUAACUAAAAAAAGUGUAAAAAGACUUAAUCAAAAUUUUUAUCCCCUUUAUAAAAUUGUAAAUAAAUAAGCAAUUCAGCCUCCUGGCUGCAAUUUGAUUAUUUUAAUAAACCUAUCUAUCUGUCUAUGUACCUUCACAGGUUUUGUUGAAUCACAUUCACAUAUUUUCCCCAUUGAAGAAGGUGAAUAUGAUCAUGAAUAUGAUGAAGUACCAUCAGAUGAGGAAACUGCAGACAAAGAUUCAACACCAGAGGUAUAGUGGGGAUUCUGUUGUUUAUUUAUAACUUUUAAUUUUUAUGAUGUCAAUAAGUUUGUGCUUUAUUUUGCUCUAUUUUCAAUUAAAAUUAGUGAUUUGCCCCCGGGGAGGGGACUCUCACAAAAAAGUGACGAAAUGCUCAUUGGAAAAUUCAAAUUAAACCCCUAAGGGAGACUAAUGUGGGUGUUGCUUAAGCUUAAGCUGACCCCUAAGGGAGAUUUUUGUAUGGUCAGUGUCAGGACAUUUUUUGUCACUACACUGUAAUUACUAAGUGAUACCUGAAUGGGUAAAUAUGGUGACCUUCCAUCCCAAACACCAUAAGUGAGACCAAAAUCUGCAAUUUACACCCUAAAUCAAAACGAUGAGCAUCCCCAUCACUUUUGUGGGAGUCCAUCCCCCCCUCCCCCCACCGGAUUGCUCAGUUGCAAACAAUGGUAGAUUCAUUUACAUCUCUGACUUAAGAUAGUUGUGGUAUGGAAACAUGAUACUUUCCCUCCCCCACCCCCCUCCAAGCAAUGUUGUGCCUCUGUUUGGCCCACCUAUAGGAAACAACAAAUGCCCAACUUUGAAUGGAGGGAGGGGUUCAGUUCAGUUCAGUUUUAUUUAGCCAAAGUUUAAUACAAUAAAAUACAUGUAACAAUUGCAAGUUGGCAAGGUUAGGGUAAAGGGGUGAAGAUUAUUUUGUUCUGCUAAGUGUCUUAGUUAAAGACACUGUGAAGACAGUGUUGCAACAAUUUUGUCACUGAUUGUACAUGCACCUCACAUAUGAAUUCAAUGCUCAUUUUGUACUCAAGAAUGGAGGAAUGAAUCUGACAUUGGCAAUAAGUAAUGGAUUCAGUUUUCAAAUGUUGUUUUAACCCAUUGAAAGAAUCUAUUACAGUAAUACAUUUGACCUGUCUUGACUGUAAAAGGACUUGCGGUUUGUUUUACUAGCGUUUGUCAUGAUUCUAUUUUUUUAGACCCCAUCGCAAAUAACUUCAAAAAUUCAGAUUGAAAAGGUGAGUAUGACUGCAUUCAUGUUGUGUGAUAAUCUAGGAUUUUUUUUGUACAACAGUCGCCGUGGCAUUUUCUGAAUUAAAUAAUUAUAUUUAAUAUUACAUUUUUAUGAUUCUCUGCACAAUGAAAUACUUUUCCUUUGCAGUUAAUGUACAAAAAUCGGCUUAAUUAUUUGCCACGUUGUCCUAACUUGUGCUAAAGGCGCCAGGAUUUUCUGGUAUUUUCCUCGUUGUUGUUUUUUUUCAACUUUGUAAAUGACCUCUUUCGUGUUCUCCGUGUUUUGAUUACUGAUUUUGCUAUUUUCUUCGUCACCUUGUGUACCGUCUUCUUCUUCAAUUUCAUUAAACAUUAAGAUGCAGACAUUGUUCUAAAUGUGUCAACUCAACGGAAAUAUUUGUGGAAAUGAAUAGGGACCUUAAGCAACGACGAAGACGACGACGGCAGUGAAAACGUCGCUAAAAAAAAGAAUUUGCGUUCUGUCAAACUUAAUCGCGUCUAUUUGGACCCGCUCAAUAUGUCAAAUGCAGGCGACUUUUCAUGGAGUCGAAUUCUUAAGGAUUUUAUUCAAGUUCAAAAAGAGGAAGGAAAGUUCGUCGUCGUAUGUCCACGUCCUCCAUAAAGCGGCAAAUUAGGAGGUUUUACGUCGUAGUCGUGCAGUGGACGUCAAAGAAAUCUACUAAAAGCGUGAUGCAAGUGCAGAGCUGUUGUUUUCAUCAUUAAAUCUAUUGUUUUUUGAAGUUGUCGUCGUUGUAGUUGCUUAAGCUCCCCAAGAAUAAUUCUCAAACCUCAGGCUCUGUGUAAAUUCACUUCUCUCUGCUUCAGGGAACCACCACAAGCUUUCUAGAGGAAGACUCCGUACCCAUGGAGCGUCAUAUGAAAGUAGAAACUGCCUUAGCUACGGCUAAUGUAAGUUUUAUGAUUAUUACUGUUGGCAGCAAUCAGAUUGCAGCUGUUUCAGGUGGGAGGGGCACGAAUUUUAGGACUGUUUUUUAAAACGAAAUGUGGAUGAAAGGAAAUUUGAAAUAUGAUUGUAUGUAGGGUGUAAUGUUUUGAUAAAGUCUUUGUUGUCUUUACAGGCCCGUGUACAGCAGCUCCUUCAAAUCAAUGCUAAUCAGAUUAAUGAAAUUCAGAAUCUUCAAUCAGUGGUUAGUAGCAACUUCCAGCAGUGCUGGUCACUAUUCACUUUCACUGUUUUGUCCAAACGUCAGUGAUUUUCCGUGUCAGUCUUGUUCAGGAUGUCUCUCACUUGGACCUUGUUGUUUGAUGGCUGAUUGGAACUCAUUUCAGCCAAGUGGAAGAGGCGCGGGAGACAUGUGGAGGCUUGGAAGGAAAUGGAGUCUUACGCGUCUCCUCCUCGCGCGUCUCCCGUUCUCGUUACCUUUCAGCCAAGCGGAAGAGGCGCAGGAGACGUGCGAAGGCAUGGAAGGAAAAGAAGUCCCACGUGUCUCUUUCUCGCGCGUCUCUGUUUCCGUUACCUUUUUGUCUAGCGGAAGAGGCGCGGGAGACGCGCGAAGGCAUGGAAGGAAAAGGACUUCCUCGCGCGUCUUCUGUUUCCAUUACCUUUUAGCCAAGCAGGAAACGACGGCCACGCCAGCUAGGCUUAUUGUAUUGUCUCCUUGCUCUUUUUUUGUUCUUUUUAGUCUUAAGGGCGUGAUUGUUUCUUAAUUCUUGGUUAGGUUCAUAAGCUACAGGAUGAAAAUAAGGCACUGAAAAGUCAGCUUGGAAUUCCAAAUGGCGGAAGUCUCACUGCCAUCAGUGAUGAUAAUGUAUUCACCCCUAAGGUACGUUAAUACAUUUACUGCUGAGGUAAUGACUUGUAGGCUGCCUGUCUGGCUGGCAUUUAAGGUGACUAAGUCACGAGCAGGUCAAUUCUGUGCGAUCAUCAUUAAUUAGUACCUCUGCCCAUACGUAAAAAGCUGUUGUAGAGUUAUGAAGAAGGUAUCAAACAAUUUUCAUCAGGGCCGAGCAAUGGCCACAAUAACUUUUUAGUGAUUUUGCUGACAUGGCUUUAAAACUUGAAAAAAAUUUGCCCUAUAGGCAAUUUUCGAGUUCCAAAGACACUCACUUUCAAAACGAGGCUAAGUGCCAAACCUUUCUUGUCAAAAUAAGCUUAUAUGCAUGAGAAUAAAUUAUUAUUUUCAUACCGUUGACUUUGCAUUUUGCCACACUUUAAAACAAAGGCUUCUGGGCAACUGGGAAAAGUCCUAGUUUAAGAACUAGUGAAUUCUGUCCUUAAACGACGGGUGAGUGUAGUUUUUUGGGGGAAUUCUUGCACAAGACCUGUACUGGGAACCGAGGCAAGUAUCCCCUGAAUAGAGGUUGGGCAAGGGUUUGUUAAUAAUUUACAGCAAAUAAAAUAUUUUUUAAAAAAUUCUGCUUGGGAAUCUUCUUCAGUCAUUAUUUCAAGCACCUAAAUAAUGUAUGAAAAAUCGACAUUGCGACAUUGUGUGUAGGAUUUCCACAAAUACAGUCCAUCGAUUUAAGUGAGAUAGUUUAGAAUGUGAAAGUUUACAUCAUUGUGAUAAGUGUACACGUAAAGUUAUCAACCCUCUUUAUGGUCAGUCACGUUUUGAGUGCAUAGGUGUCCCCUGAAUGGAGGUUAAACCUGGGUUUUGGGACCCAGAAAAAGUGUCCCUUCCCCUGAUUGGAGGUGUCCCUUCAAUAGGGGUGACAGAUUCAGAGAUUAUGUGAACGUUUUUCCGGGACCAAAUUUUGUAUCCCCUGAAUGGAGGUGUCUGUUGAAUAGAGGAGUCCUAAAGGAGAAGUUCCACUAUAGCUGAAAUGACUUUUGGGCUGGCACAUGAUAGCGAACGUUUGCCCGAAUGGCAAGCUGUAAAACUGACUUUCUUUGCACCCUGCGUCUUUAUGAUGGCUCUAACUCUCUAAUGCUCACCACCGCAGAACCUUGUUACAAACGGCAGAGGGUCGACUAUGUGAAAAAGUCGUAGUUUUAUGAUUUAAUCUGCUUAUUACAGGAAGAAAGUGACGACGAAGAUGAUAAAGUGGAUAUCGAGGAAAUUACACCAUAUGAAGCCCCAGGCUCUCUGCUAAGAAAACGCACUACUCAGCCCACCCCCACGGGGCAUUCUCACAAUACAACUAGAAGCAAAAUUGUCAAUCCUUACGACAAUGUGGCAGACUCGGCAGAAGAGCAAGAAGAACGCAGAUAUCUUAAUGUUGAUGAGAUGCGAGAACAUGAGAGAAUGAGUUCCUGUAAGUUUAGUCAGUUGGGUUAUUUACUAUACACAGAGGAACAAAAUUUUUCCCCAAGGCCGAGCAUUAUUCUUGGGUUAACUAUAAACAGGGUCUAUGAGUUCUCUUAGUAACAAACCUUGUUUCUGCUAUAACCGCCUCUCAAUUAACACGGCCCAUAAAUUUAAAUUGGCAAAGCCACAGUCUUGUGUAGACAGUGACAAUAUAUGUAUGUAUACGUAGCAAACACGAAUUUGUACCACAUAACCAAGUGUUCAUCUCCUUUUUAUUAACUAGCCUGCGUGGCAAGCGUUUCUAAUCGAGUUAUUGGCCGAAAGUUGGAGGGAGAGCAAAAACAACUGGUCCCAACUUUCUCGAAGAAAUUACGCGGAAACGCUUGUUAUGUCGGCUAGUUGUUACUGUUCAUUAAAUCCUUACCAAAAUAAGAAGUGUCAUGUUCUUUUCUUUCAUAAGAUUUUUUUUGGACAUUUUUUAACGUAAUAGCCCACGUUCGAUAUAUUAAAAUUCAAACAUCACUCCGAGGCUUUCUGGUCAUUUUUCUAUAUUUGGUUUGGUUUGGAAAGUGCGAGACAAUGGAGUCUUGAAAAUUUUGCAAUUUUGACCCUAAAGUCUCAGAGACAUAUUAGAAUUUUAAUAUAUCGAACGUGGGCUUCUUAGGACAUUGUCAACUUGAGUCUCGCGUUUGCCGUUUGCCGUUUGCCGUAAGCGUGAUUCUGAAUCGGCUCUCUAAGACUGUUUAUUUUCAAUUCGAUUUGUUUUAGCGGACAGUCCUUUUGAUGAUCCGCUAGAUCAGAAAGCUGUAAAACUGAUUCAUGCGGUCGAUGACUUGGUAAACCAAGCAACGCAAAAUUCAAGACAGCCAUCACAAGAGGAUGUGGUGCGGUGCACAGAACAGAUCACCAAGAAAAUUCAAGAACUAUUGCUGUCCGCACAAGCUGGGAGACAUAGCUGGUAAACACAAUGCUAGGUUAAAAGGCGCUUCUGCCGCCAUGUGUUAAAGCUUAGUUCAUUAACGCUCCGGGAGGGAUGUUGCUUAAACGGGGAAAAGGGACUGGAGAACGAGCGCGGGGAAUGGGAAAGUAAAAAGUGGGAACAAAGUGGAGAAUUGGAAUUGAAGUUACUCAUAGGGCUAGGUUUCAAGUUAGGUUUUUUUCCCAAUUUCCAUUUUUCCUUUCCCCGCUCCCCGUUCUGUGCUUCGUGCUCCCCGUUCUGUGCUCCGUGCUCCCCGCUCCACGUUCCUCGUUCCUCGUUUCUCGUUUUGGUAACCUCCCUCCCGGAGUGUCUUUAGCUCCAGGCUUGUUGCUUGCACUCUCUGUCCAUGACCCGUAGAGGUAACUGUUACUUGGUUACACUAUGCAAGACGCCCAUGCUGAUUAAUACAGUGGUUUUUCACGAGUGUGGAAGGAAUAGACCUCUUUAGCUUGUAUGUUUUAUAUCCCCAAUGAAGGUCUCUGGGGAAUUUGACCCCCCAGUCUUUUCAUAUGCACGUGAAUAAGGCAAAACUUGAAAGAAACAGUUUUCUGGAGUACUAUCACAUGAUCUUCAUGAGGAAAACAAACACAAGCUAAAGACGUCUAUCGUCACUUAAGUAAAAUCCAACUAGUGGUCUAUUAUCAAUGCUGCGUUCUGAUUGGUUCGGCUACUACUAGGCUAUAUGUUAUAGCCCACUAGUAGCGAAAAGCGCGGGCUUUUGGCGGCAAAAACGGAUGAAAGGCUAGCUUUAACUAGCUAAAAGUUUUUUAUUCUCGAUAUUUUUUACCAACUGCUUGGAUUUUACUAAAACAAUUAUUCCUCUCGCCCUCAUGGCCUCUGAGUCAAUAGCCCAUUCGGCCGUCGGCCCCAUGGGCUAUUGACUCAGAGCCCAUUCGGGCUCGAGGAAUAAUUGUUAAUUAUCUUAAUAGUUUUACGCUUUGUGAUUAGCUGAAAAAUCUCGCGCCACUUUCUAAAUAAACCAAGGAUGACAGUUAAAGACACAAACGUUUUCCCGCGCCACAUUAAAGAGCUGCAAGUUCUGAUUGGCUCAUUAGAUUGGCUGUCUUUUUUAUAUGGGAGUAGCUGCCUUCGUUCCGUAUUCCGUUUUUAGGAUCGCUAAUUGACUUUGUUUUUCUUUUAGUUUUAUUCCAUGUUCCAGUAAUAUUUUCACUGCUGUUAAUGAUAUGGCGACCUUGUUUCCGGAGGUAAAGACAUGAUUUAUUUUCAGAUGUACAUGUAGUUUGAAUUGCAUGAAUCGCUUAAAUUGGGCGAACCCUCGCGUUAUUUGUGUGUUUUAUAGUUAUCUGUAGUUGUUUAAUUUUCUCAGUCUGCAAAGAAGGAUUUAAUCGCCCCAUGUAAGGUAAUCGAAGAAGUCUUGGUUUCUGGAUUCCGCGCCGCGGAUUCUGGAUCCAGGUGCUGGAUUCCAGUCUUUGUGAGUAAAAAUUUGGUCUGGACUUCAAUCGUUCGUGGGAUUCCUGAUUCCAAAUGCCAGGAUCCCAGAUUCUACAAACAAAAUUUUCCCGGAUUCCAGAAUCUGGAUUCCCUUACAUUGGGCGAAUGUAAGGUUAAAAGCACACAAGUGCGAAUUAUGUGUGAAUUUGCAUGAGGUCAAGUUUUUAAUCGAACUGCUAUUUUUUGUCUCCAUGUGCGCUAUAUAAGUACCCUCGUUUGUCCAUACUAAAUCAUCUACCAGGUAAUCAGUUGUAAAUUUAUGAACUACCCCUGACUUGGCUGUUCUUACAUGUCUUGCAUAGACAUCUAGCCUUUGUCAGGAGCUCAAAACCCAGAGCUGGCAUCUUUCAUGUAUUUUCGUCACGGCGUUUUGACCGACCAGUUUAUUUCAAGAACGAUUUUGCUGCGAAUCUAGAAUAUCUUUCAACUCCCACAAACAGUCAGGAAAAAACUACAGACCUAAAGUUGUUUUGUUUGUUUGCUUUUUAUUUUUUUACUUUUUAAUCACGUUUAGUUUUCUUCUUCAAUUGGUAUUUUACACUUCGAAUGCGCUCAUAAACGGAGCGGAACGUCCAUUUUGUUGGGGAAAGGUGCUCUAAAAUUUAUCUAAAUAUAAAGCGGUCCGAGGAAAUGCGGUGACAUAGACCUAGUAUGGGAGUUUUUCGGUCCUGCCUGUAUGCAGACGUCUCCCAUUUCCAUUGUUGUAUGCGGAAUAGUGAGCAGCCAGAGGAAAUAGGGGGGCACAGCAUACCCAGGAUUUUCUAACACAAUUUCAUUGUUUUAGGACCCGGAUGUGGACAGUAUGCGCGUGUCACUUCAGCUGAUGAAGAGCAGCGCUGCCAGGCUUCAGGUGGAAUGCAAGAGUGCUGUACUACCCGGCAAUACCGUAGACAUGGCAUUUCUUACCCAACAGGUCAUACAAUGCGCUUAUGACAUCGCCAAAGCUGCUAAACAACUUGUUACUACAUUCUCAGUUGAAUAGAAACUGCUCUAGGUCAUUUUUCAAUACUUGAAGAGCGAAUAGUACUUUUUUACGGCAGGGCUGCAAAUAAUUUUUCUGUUUUAAAGGGACACUUGUCCGACCAAGUGCAAGUGUUGGUCCCACAAAUCAGAAACGUUGUCGAGCAAACAUUGUUUUGAGGGGGCUGUGUCCGGCUGUCUAGUUCACUGGUUUUGUAUGUGUGCUUCAAGUGUUCAUUUGAGAAAUUACUUGUGAAUGACAAAAUCACAGCAUCGUGUUAGUACAGGUAAUAGCAUGAUUUAUAGUGAUACUUUGCAUAAAUACCACGAGUGAUGUUUCGUAAUUGUUAUACGUAAUUUCACAAGCUGUGAGGCAAGUGAAAUUUGAGACAAUUUUAAAAUAUCACGAGUGGUAUUUUUACCAAAUAUCACGUACAAAUCAUGCUAUUAUUUGUUUAUACUACUACCCAGACUACUACCCGCAAAAGGUAUUUCAAAUUAAGCUGAAAUACCACUGCUCUAAGCCAAUCAAAUUGCAGAAAUAUGCGGCGUUUAUCGCUUGCCUUUUUAGAACUGGUUAUUACAGUUAAACUGUGCGGUGGAAUGUUCUUUCGUUAGAAAAAAAGACAUGCCAACCAGGUAAAAGAGCUACGUCAUGGUUAAGGUAUCUUGAAAGUAAUUCAUACUGACCAGCUCCAUCCUAAACCAUUCUUAAUCCUUUAUAGACUAGUGUACUAUUUCCUGUUUGAUGCCGGUUUUUUGUGUUGUAACAAUUUUUAAUAUUUUGAGGUUUCCUUUAAUUUCAAGAUAAUUUUCUCCGUUGCAAUGUCAUGGAAUCACCCAAAAUAUCAUUACAGGACCUCAGCUCUUAUGCCUCGUUGUCAAAACCGCUAUUAGAGCGGUUUUCAUUUGAGUAUCGUAAAACCAAAACCAAAGUAAUUACUCUAGCCAAUCACAAAGGACACAGACAAUACAGUGAACCAAUUAAAACUCGAAGUAAUUACAUGUAGCUGACGCAAAGCGCGGGAAAAUGCAUUGACACAAUUGGUUUUGGUUUUCCUUCUGGCGCGAAUCUUUUAAGCCAAUUAGUAAACGCAAAACCAAUUACCUUUCGACACUCAAAUGAAAACUAACUGUAAUAGAGCGGUUUUCACUUGACUGUAACCUAGUGUAUUUACUUUGGUUUUGGUUUUACGACAGUCAAGUGAAAACCGCUCUAACGUGUAAUGUCUCUCUUAACCUGAUGGCACUUCAUUCAUUGCUUUAUUUCGGAUAUGGGAGAGAAUAGCCUGCGAGCAAGCUCUCCAGUUAGGUAUUCGCGAGAACUCGCGCGAGAGCCGCACGCGAAAGGAGAUCUCUCAGACAUAUCACACGUUGAAACAAAAAUGUCCAACUCCAAAUAACCCACAACAUUAGCUCCGUUAAUUUAAUGUGUUAGCUUGCUCCAUGAAAAAUGCAGUAUUUUAAUGGUAGAUAUGAAAAGUAUCGUUGGAGCAAGUGUUCUUGGUUACAGUGGAACCUCGAUAUAGUAAAGGGCCAAGGGACUGUAUACAGAGGUUUCGUUAUACAUCUAGGUUCUUUUCCAUAUAUUUUACUAUUACUGGGGUAAAGAAAAUCGUCAGUUAUACCGAGGACUUCGUUAUGUAGUGGUUCGUUAUAUCGAGGUUCCACUGUACAAAGUGUUAGUUAUUUUAUAUCACCUGUGUUUCAAAUUACGUUAUCCCGGAGAGACCGUGGAAAGCGUUAUUAGGUGAUUUACGUUUUUAUAGGUUUACCCACAUUGAGUGUCAAGCCACAAGAUUGGGUAGUCUAUUAGCUUUCUUUCAAAAAAUCAACAUAAUUCAGAAUUUGUACUAUUAAGCUAAGAGUUAUUGCAGCCACAGUUAUUAGAAACCACUGAGUUUCAUUUCUACAAAAUGUUACAUAUUCCAAUGAUUCGCGAAAG